UGUUUACGGUCCAAACAGCGGAGCGGAGCGGAUCCUGUAGCGCCUCGGUGGCCUUGAAUGGAGCGGAGCGCCGGACUGAGAGCAGCUCGCUGAGGGGAGAGAAGCAGAGGAACAGAGGGGGCUGCAGAGAAGCCGGACACCGGGACUGUGGAGAUCGCGGUCUGGGAGCGAAAAGACGAGCAGGCCGGACGAGCGGUGUGAGAUUAAAGCGGCGCAGUGAUCGAGGAAGAGAUGGCGGAGGUUAGCGAGGUGUUGAUGUCAGUCCUGUCCACAGUGCGGGUGCCCAGGCCCGGGGACCGAGUCCAUAAGGACGAGUGCGCCUUCUCCUUUGCCUCCCCGGAGAGCGAGGGCGGCUUGUAUGUUUGCAUGAACAGUUUCCUCGGCUUUGGGGGUCAGUUUGUGGAGAGACACCACGCCCGAACUGGACAGAGGGCCUAUCUGCACAUCACCCGCACCCGCAAGGCUCAGAAAGAGGAUGACAACAGUUCCGGUUCAGGUGACCCACCAAAGAAGAAGCCCACUCGACUGGCCAUAGGUAUCGAGGGCGGGUUCGACGUCGAGCAGGAGCAGUAUGAGGAAGACGUCAAGGUCGUCCUUUUUCCGGACAGACAGGAAGUGACAUCAGAGGACCUGGCUACCAUGCCUGACGUAGUGAGAGAGAGGGUGUCUCUGUCGAUGGCAGGGUUGCUGGCUGCAGACUCGGUGUCUCACGCUCUGCAGGUGCAGCAGUGGGACGGUGAAGUGCGGCAGGAGUCCAAACACGCAGCUGAGCUCAAACAACUCGACAACGGAGUCAAAAUCCCUCCCAGUGGGUGGAGGUGCGAGGUGUGCGACCUGCAGGAGAAUCUGUGGAUGAACUUGACCGACGGGAAGGUCCUGUGUGGUCGGAGAUAUUUUGAUGGCUCAGGGGGCAAUAACCACGCCCUUCAGCACUUCCAGCAGACCGGAUACCCGCUGGCUGUCAAACUGGGUACCAUUACGCCGGAUGGAGCUGACGUCUAUUCAUAUGAUGAAGACGACAUGGUGUUGGACUCGAAGCUGGCGGAGCACCUCUCUCACUUUGGCAUUGAUAUGAUGACCAUGGAGAAGACGGAGCGCACUAUGACGGAGUUGGAAAUCGCAGUGAACCAGCGUGUGGGCGAGUGGGAGGUGAUCCAGGAGUCUGGUGCCACUCUGAGGCCACUGUGGGGCCCCGGGCUCACAGGCAUGAAGAACCUGGGGAACAGCUGCUACCUCAACUCCGUCAUGCAAGUGCUCUUCACCAUCCCCGACUUCCAGGAAAAAUACGUCUCCAGCUUUGAGAAGAUUGUAGAUGAAGCUCCAAGUGACCCCACGCAGGACUUUAAAACACAAGUAGCAAAACUGGGCUAUGGUGUACUCUCGGGAGAAUACUCUAAGCCUACUCCUGACCCGGGGGAUGACCCCAGCGCAUCCUCUGAACCCAGGGGGGACCAGGUUGGAAUAGCGCCUCGCAUGUUCAAAGCCCUCGUGGGGCGGGGCCACCCUGAGUUUUCCACCAAUCGGCAACAAGAUGCCCAGGAGUUCCUCCUUCACUUCAUUAACAUGGUGGAGCGGAACUGCCGGUCCGGCGCGAACCCGUCUGAAGCAUUCCGGUUCCUGGUGGAGGAGAGGAUCGUGUGCCAGCAGUCUCAGAAGGCCAAGUACACCCAGCGAGUGGACUACAUAGUUCAGCUACCUGUGCCCAUGGACCAGGCCACCAACACGGAUGAGUUACAGGAGGCUGAGCGUUUACGUGAGGAAGCGGAAGCAUCCGGGAACCCUCCGCCUGCAGCUCCUCGCGCUCGAAUCCCGUUCUCUGUCUGCUUGGACGCUCUGAGCGAACCCGAAACGCUCACGGACUUCUGGAGCUCUGCAGUGCAGGGCAAGACCACUGCCACCAAGACCACACGCUUUGCUUCGUUCCCCGACUAUCUUGUCAUCCAAAUUAAGAAGUUUACUUUUGGCCUGGACUGGGUCCCUAAGAAACUGGAUGUUAGCAUUGAUGUUCCUGAUACACUGGACCUGAGCGCACUCCGUGGGACUGGACAGCAGCCGGGGGAGGAGCUUCUGCCAGAGGUGGCCCCGCCCCCUCUCAUGACCCCUGACGUGGAGGUCAAAGGUAUCCUGGGUUCCCGCGGCAACGAGGAGGACGACUCUCUCUACUCCCCACUGCUGUCUCCGGUGCUUGACGACUCCACUGUAUCUCAGCUCUGCGAGAUGGGCUUUCCUAUGGAGGCCUGCAGGAAGGCAGUGUAUUAUACAGGCAACACUGGCAUUGACGCUGCUAUGAAUUGGGUGAUGGGCCACAUGGACGAUCCAGAUUUCUCCGCCCCCUUCGUGUUGCCUGGCUGUAGCUCUGCCCCUGGGUCCACACCCACAGAAAGCGCCUCAGAAGAGCACCUGGCGACCAUCGUUUCCAUGGGAUUCAGCAGAGACCAAGCUUCGCGUGCUCUCAGAGCUACUAGUAAUGUCCUGGAACGGGCAGUGGACUGGAUCUUCUCGCACCUGGAUGAUCUAGAGUCUAUGGAGGUGUCGGAAGGGGGGCGCUCCGAGGGAGGCAGCGAAGCCAGCCGUGAUCCCCCACCCGGACCACGUGUCCGAGACGGACCGGGAAAGUAUGAGCUGUUUGCUUUUAUCAGUCACAUGGGCACGAGCACAAUGUGUGGUCACUACGUCUGCCACAUCAAAAAGGACCAACAGUGGGUAAUCUUCAACGAUCAAAAAGUGUGUGCCUCUGAGAAACCACCGAAGGACCUGGGCUACCUGUACUUCUACAGGAGAGUGGCAGAAUAGAAGACUUUACACGUACAAACAAACACCUCUGUCUUAGCUGCUGAGGGGGGCCGGCGUGGGGCGUACUCAAGCUUCUCAACUGACACAACACUUUAUUAUUAUUUUUUUUUUAUUAUUUUUUUUUUUUUAUUUGUUUUCGGGGGAAUUCAAGCACUUCUUUCUUACACAAGUACCUGUGCCAGGCAGAGGAGAGGACUAAAAGUGGAGUGAUUACACUCAGGGGGGGGUUUGCAAAGGAGUUUCUCAGGUGAGUUGGGUAAUUAAAGUCAGAAGUGAGGAUUAUACUGCAGAAACUUACAUUUUGCCAGAUGAAAACAUCUUAAAUAUUGGUAAUAUAUCUGUUUUCCAAGUAUAACAAUGCUGUAAGGAUAUCAUAGGUCGUUUUUCGGAAAGAGGCAAAGCCUAGUCUUGCGCUAAAUUGCAGGGCCAGUGGUGAACCACCAUUUGGUAGUUCUUUUGAGUCUAAGAUUAGCCUUAAUCUGGGUAUGAAAAACUGGUUAAAAUGAUCUUAUUGCACUGGCAGAUCAGUCGAUUUUGUUUAGAUUUAUUCACCUGAUCUCCUUGUAUACGCCAUGUUAUAAUAAUAAUAAUAACGAGCUUAUAAUAUUCAGUCAUAUAAGGAGAAAUAAUCGAGAUACUGCCUCUGUUUGAGAUGCUGUCACUGACCAAGGUACCGUUGUUUUUUGCAGUCUGAGGGUCGUUCCUGUUGGACAGUCCUCACUUUGGGUUUACAGUAUUUAGCUAAGUGACAGAGACCUCCUUUGUGAAGUCCCCACCCCAGUGUUAGCCGCAAGCACAGGUCAAAUACAGCGUAUAUAUGCAUGCCCUCCUCUUCUCAACCUGCUCCCGCGCUGGUUAUUGUUGUGAGGUCAUUGCUUCUAGAGCCACGUUCUUACUUCCUGCUCUCCCAUGCAUCCCAAAAACAAGAUCUCACUAAAUCACAGAGAAAAAAAAAAAUCAACAAACAUUGUAUGUUGACAGAAAGCGAAACUAAACUGGUUCUUCUGGCA